AUGUCGGGUCAGAAGAUUGCCAUUGUCUCCGUUUACGACAAGACGGGUCUGUUGGAUCUGGCCAAGGGCCUGAACCAGCAGAAUGUCCGCAUCCUCGCCUCUGGCGGCACCGCCAAGAUGAUCCGGGAGUCUGGAUUCCCCGUUGAGGAUGUAUCUGCCAUCACCAAGGCCCCCGAGAUGUUGGCCGGCCGCGUCAAGACUCUUCACCCCGCCGUCCACGCCGGAAUACUCGCGAGGAACCUCGAAUCCGAUGAGAAGGACCUGGCCGACCAGAACAUCAACAAGGUCGACUAUGUCAUCUGCAACCUCUACCCCUUCAAGGACACCGUUGCCAAGGUUAACGUCACUGUUCCCGAGGCUGUUGAGGAGAUUGAUAUCGGUGGAGUUACCCUUAUCAGAGCCGCCGCCAAGAACCACAGCCGUGUCACCAUCCUCAGCGACCCCAACGACUACGCCGAGUUUCUUAAGGAGCUUCAGGCCGGCGAGAUCACCGAAGCCAGCCGCAACCGUUACGCCCUCAAGGCUUUUGAGCACACUGCCGACUAUGACGCCGCAAUCUCCGACUUCUUCCGUAAGCAGUAUGCCGCCGACGGAAAGCAGUACUCGGCCCUGAGAUACGGCGCCAAUCCCCACCAGAAGCCUGCCGCUGCCUACGUCAGCUCCGGCGAGCUGCCCUACAAGGUCCUCGGUGGCUCUCCCGGCUACAUCAACCUGCUGGACGCCCUCAACAGCUGGCCUCUUGUCAAGGAGCUCAAGCAGGCUCUGGGUAAGCCAGCCGCUGCCAGCUUCAAGCACGUCUCCCCUGCCGGUGCUGCCAUUGGCACCCCCUUGACCGAGGAGGAGCGCAAGGUCUACUUUGUCAACGACAUUGAGGGCAUUGAGUCCUCCCCUCUUGCCCAGGCGUACGCUCGUGCUCGCGGCGCCGACCGCAUGAGCAGCUUCGGUGAUGUGAUUGCCCUGAGUGACACUGUUGAUGUCCCCACUGCCACCAUCAUCUCCAAGGAGGUCUCUGACGGUGUAAUUGCCCCUGGCUUCGAGCCUGCUGCCCUCGAGCUCCUCAAGAAGAAGAAGGGCGGCAAGUACCUCGUCCUGCAGAUCGACCCCAACUACGUCCCGCCCAAAACCGAGACCAGGACCGUCUAUGGCGUCACUCUGCAGCAGCACCGCAACGACAUCGAGAUCUCGCCCAAGUCAUUCAACAGAAUUAUCACCCCCAAGGAGUCUGGACCACUGUCCGAGUCCGCCCUCCGUGAUCUGACCGUCGCCACCAUCGCACUGAAGUACACACAAAGUAACUCCGUCUGCUACGCCUACAACGGACAGGUCAUUGGUCUUGGCGCAGGCCAGCAGUCCAGGAUUCACUGCACGCGUCUCGCUGGUGACAAGACGGACAACUGGUGGCUCCGCUUCCACCCGCGCGUCCUGAGCAUCAAGUGGAAGAAGGGCACCAAGCGCCCCGACAAGAGCAACGCCAUUGACCUGCUGGUUAGCGGCGAGCUCCCCAAAUCUGGUGCGGAGCGUGACAUGUUCGAGGCCGUCUUCGAGGAGGUUCCCCCUGCCUUCACUGACGCCGAGAGGGAAGAGUGGCUUGGCAAGCUGACCAACGUCGCCGUGUCGAGUGAUGCCUUUUUCCCCUUCGUCGACAAUGUGUUCCGCGCAUCUCGGUCCGGUGUGAAGUACAUCGCCGCUCCUGGCGGCAGCCAGAACGAUGGCGCCGUAUUUGAGACUGCGGAGAAGCUCGGCAUUACGUUUGUUGAGCAGAACAUCCGCCUCUUCCAUCAUUAA